AUGGAGGGUUUUGAGUCAUGCUGUGUGGAGUUGGGUCCUAGGCUAGUUCCUGCACUGGAUGAUAUCUCUGCCGAGUCAGUGCCUGGAGGAGUGAGACCGGAGGGCAAUGCUGUUGGGGCUGGUGCUCUGUGGGUUAACCCCGUGUCUUUGCGCAACCCUCGUCCCUCCCUGGUCCCACAGACCUCUGGCGGUGGUCCCAUUUGCCCGCAGCAGGAUGCUGCUGUCAAGGCGGCCCACAUACCUGGUGUGGACAAUGGUGGACUGUGCCCCGAAGGACCCUUGCUCCACUUCCAGUGGGUGAAGGAGUUGGGAGAGGGCUUCUUGUGUCCAACAAAUACAGAACUACAAAAUCUAACAGGUGUCUCAGAAUUUCAUCUCCUGGAACUCUCAGCAGAUCCAGACUUGCAGCCCAUCCUCUUUAGACUGUUCCUCUCCAUGUACCUGGUCACAGUGCUUGGGAACCUGCUCAUCCUCCUGGUUGUCAGCUCUGACUCCCACCUCCACACACCCAUGUACUUCUUCCUCUCCAACCUGUCCUUGGUUGACGUUUGUUUCUCUUCCUCCAUAGUCCCAAAGAUGAUCGUGGACAUCCUAACUCAGAGCAGAGCCAUCUCCUAUGUGGGCUGCCUGACACAGAUGUCUCUUUUCAUCAUUUUUGCAUGUAUAGAUGAUUUUCUUCUGACUGUGAUGGCCUAUGACCGGUUUGUGGCUAUCUGUCACCACCUGAAUUAUCCAGUCAUUAUGAGCCCGCUUUGUGGCUUCUUAGUUUUGGUGAGCUUUUUGGUUACCCUUUUUGAUUCCCAGUUGCACAAUUUGAUUAUCUUACAAUUCACAUACUUCAAGGAUUCGAAAAUUUCUAAUUUCUUUUUUUACCCUUCUCAGCUCCUUAAUCUUACCUGUUCUGUUACUUUCUCUAAUAACAUUUUCAAGUACACUAUUCUUGUCUUUUAUGGUUUAUUCUCCCUCUCAGGAAUUAUUUUUUCUUACUAUAAAAUUGAUUCCUCCAUCCUGAGAAUCCAGUCAUCAGGUGGGAAGUACAAAGUCUUCUCCACCUGUGGGUCUCACCUGGCAGUUGUUUGUUUAUUUUAUGGAACAACCUUUGGACCCUACCUUGGAUCAGUGGUAUCCCAUUCUUCCAGAAAUGGUGUGUUGGCCUCAGUGAUGUACACUCUGGUCACCCCCAUGAUGAACCCCUUCAUCUAUAAUCUGAGGAACAGGGACACUAAGAGUGCCCUGAGGAGGAUGCACAGGAGGACAGCCUAA